AUGGCGGAAGAAACUGAUGUCAUUGCAACUCUGACAGGUUUCUCCUUGAACAACGUUCUCGACGGUUUAGACCUGCCCACUGGACCUGGCCUUACCAACCAGCUUGGUAUCUCGGGUCUCUCAGGUUUUAGUGCGGGGCAGAUCUACAACGACAAGUGGGAUGAUGCGGACGCUGUUGGACCCGGGGAGGGGCAGGACUGGGAGGACGAAGUGGACAGAGAGUUGGAGGCGGAAGAGUCUGAUGACGGGGCACGAGUGAAGAUGGAGAUCGAAUCUCCUAAGCAGAUGACACGAAAGGGCAAGCGCAAGAGAGUUAUACAUCGCAGAGUUGAGAGACCCAAGACAGUGUACGAACGAUUUCCGACGUUUGAGAAGGACAAGAUUCUUGACUUCACAGAGCUUUUCAAGGGUUUCACUGUACAGAAGUCUCGGAUAUCAAAGAGACCAUUCCAUGUUGAAACUAUCUACCCCAGGAAGAAAGAAGUUCCUAGGCGUUUUCUAGCCUCAAUUGUGGGUGACACGGAGAGGCAAGUCGAGAGUAAACGCGUGGAACAGGUGGUUGCUUCGGGCAGUGUGGAACAUGACUUGAGACGGGCAAUGGAGGAGCGGGAGAAUUCGAAUGUGCCCGUUUCAUUUCCCUUGCAUGACCGCUCGUUUGAUCUUGUCCUACUGUCUAAUUGGGAGGACCAGAUCAUCUAUGAGCCGGAAGAUGAUAUGUCUGCACCUUCAUCGACUUCUCCGACCAACUUGACUACACCUCAAAAUAAGGUUUUGGAGUCGGGAGUUUGGACUCAGAGCAUCAUAUGGAAUCCUCGAGCGCCAUUCCGCGACUUCACUCAGCUAGAAAUGAACGAUGAAGACAUCGCUGCGGAGGAGAAACCACCAUCCGAGACCGUCAGACCCAAGAAACGCCUUCGAAGUGACGCCGGGCAGCCUCGAGACAAAUUUAACUUGUCGAAUGACCAGUUUUACGAGGUCAGUAAAGACGGGGGUCGUCAUCGCGUCCGACAGACAUUCGGACAGCUUGUUGUCGAACAUGCGUAUCCCGCGCAGAAGCUCCAGCUGCCAUUCUUCAAGACGCGGCUUUCCAAACAAGAAGCGCGUUCCUUCCACCGUCCAGCGCUGCAGUUCCCUUCAAACAUUGAACUGCAUUUCAGCAAGGUUCGCACGGCGAAAAAGAAGAAAGACAAAGCAGGCCGGAAGGUGGGAAAGGGCGGCAAUGUUGGUGAGGGUUUGCAUAGGACCGGGGACCUGAGUCUUCGGGACACUAGCAACUUUGUCCUAUGGGAGUUCUCAGAAGAACAUCCACCUAUCAUCCAGAACUUUGGUAUGGGAAGUAUUCUCGUGAAUUAUUACCGCAAGAAGAAUGAGAAGGAUGAGCACGUUCCGAAGUAUGACCUUGGAGAACCCAUAGUAAUCGAGCCACAAGACGAGUCGCCGUUCAUGAAGUUUGGUUACGUUUACCCUGGACAAACAGUAAAUGCCUUGUACAACAACCUGAUGCGUGCACCCCUUUUCAGACAGAAAGCUUAUCCUACAGAUUUCCUGGUUGUGAGGUCCACGACCAAGAACGACACCAAAUAUUUCCUUCGUGAAAUCAAGAACAUUUUUGUAGUGGGGCAAACGUACCCUGUUACCGAGGUUCCUGGUCCUCAUUCGAGAAAAAUCACAAAUACUAUCAAGCACCGGCUGCAGAUCAUCGCGUUCAAGCUUCUUCAGAAAAGUGCAGAAGAACGGCUCAAGAUAUCGCGAUUGAUGAAGUAUUUCCCCGAUCAGAAUGAGCUGCAGAUGAGACAGCGGCUGAAGGAAUUUAUGGAGUAUCACCGAAGAGGCCCGCAUCAGGGCUUCUGGCGCCUCAAAUCAACCUGGACCAUCCCAUCUGAUGCAGACAUGCUGAAGAUGGUGAGUCCGGAGCAGGUCGUGCUCUCCGAGAGUAUGCAGGUCGGACAGCGGCAUCUGCAAGAUGCUGGUUACAGUUUCAACGGUGAGGUGGCCGAGGACGAUGAGGGUGAUCUGUCAGUGGAGCAGCAGCUCGCGCCGUGGAUAACGACGAAGAACUUCUUGUUUGCUACGCAGGCGAAGGCUAUGCUCAAGCUGCAUGGAGAGGGAGAUCCAACAGGGCGCGGUGAGGCAUUCAGCUUUAUUCGUGUUUCUAUGAAGGAAAUCUUCGUCAAGGCGGGAGAGGACUAUGAGCAGAAACUGGCUGAAGCUGAGAGUCGGCCAAAGUCUGCGCAUCGGUACAACGUUGCGGAGCAGCAACAGAUUUAUAAGUCGGAAAUUGAGCGCAUCUGGAGGUCCCAGUUUGACUCCCUCAGCCGUAGAGAUGAGCCUCAGCUAACCGAGGAAGAUGAAAAACGAGAAGAGAAAAAGCCCCAGAUACAGAGUGAAGCUUAUCAUCCGACACCUGGUCCUUUGUCCCCCACUUUUAGCCGCGGCUCUUCGCUUGCUCGUGACCGUGAAACCAGUCUUGCGCCUGAAGCCCAGAAAAGAGUUUUAAGGAUAAAGCGUCUGAUUAACGGGGAAUGGAAGACAGAGAUUAUCCGUGACAAUGCCGUCAUCAAUGCGUACGUCAAGAGACGACAAGCGAUUGAAGAGGAUGCUCUGACCGCUGAUGCUCUGGCACCUACCGGAGACGCAGACAAGGACAGACGAGCGAAGAAGAGGCUCGAGGAGGAGAUCGCUAGGAUGAAGAAGAAUCAGGAACGUCGUUUGCAUAGGAAGAAUGCCAAGAUCGUCAAGGAAGGCGGUACUCCCAUGCAACUUAAUCGCCCUGUAAAACCUGACACCACACGGCGUUGCGGUCAUUGCGGUCAAAUGGGACAUAUGAAAACCAAUCGCAAAUGUCCUCGCUGGGCUGAGUUCAACUCUGGCGCUCCACCUCUGCCCUCCAUUGCUAGCCCUUCCGCCGCUUCGCCUAGCGGGUCAGGCAGCUUUGGCUUUGGAAGCUCAGACAGCCUCUUUACCCCCGGUGCAGGAAACUUGUUGCGUCCUCCGACUCAGUCGUUAGGACUGGGAAGCCAUGGACCGUCUCCCCUUGCAACGAGUCCGCCUAUGAUGGCGAUGGAUGAUGACGAUGACGACGGGCCACCUACACCGUCCGGGUCAGGUCCAAAGAUCAAGCUCACGCUGAAGAAGUCAUAG